AUGGUUCAGAAAACAAGGUCAAGGCAAAAAUCCUAUAAGCACAAGACAAACAUAUGCAAGAAUGAAGUAGCAUUUCGGAAAAAGAUAAACUUUUAUGAAGUUCUUUCUCUUGGAUCACAUAAUGCAGGGUUUGAUGAGAUCAAGAAAGCUUAUAGAAGCAUGGCUCUACAAUACCACCCAGAUGUAUGUACUCCAUCAGCAAGAGAAGAGUCCACAAAGAGGUUUGUUGAGCUUCAAAAGGCUUAUGAGACAUUGUCUGACCCGGUUUCUCGUACAAUGCAUGAUUAUGAGUUGGGCUUGGUUAAUUCUGGAGGAUUUGCAUUUGAAGGGAUGCCGUUGGAGGAUAGGAAGAACAGGUUUCCAAGGGAAGUGUGGGAAAGGCAACUGCAUGGAUUGCAGCAACGAUCAUAUGCCCGAAUGGAGAGGAGGAACAAUAAAUACAUGCAAAGUUAG